UAAUUUGUACAUAAAAUCAAGUUGACUACUAUGGAAAUAAAACAGGAAGCUAGUGAGAAGACUUCUAAAAUAGAAAUAGAUAAUGAGACCUGUGAUGUCAUUUUGAAUGCUUUCAAAAUUGAUAUUAAGGAAGAACCCAAAAAAGAAAGUAUCCACCACACAUUUGAUUAUUUAGACUUUAAUGAAUUCCCGGUACACAAAAACAUAGUACAAGAUGAUUAUAAAUUUACAUUAUUUGAGGAAAAGCAAACAAAUGAAAAAAAUACAUAUACAAGUACAAGACAUCCCUUGUCAACUAAAGUAGAUGAUACCUUUUUUUUAAUAAUGUUUCAGAGUUAUCAAAAUAUAGAAUUGAGGAUAAUGAAAAUGUAA